AACAAAACAAAAGAGGGGGAGAGAGAGAGAGAGAGGGAGACGGAGACGGAGACGGAGACGGAGAGGGCGUGUGGAGAGAUGGCUGGUAUAAAAGCGGCUUACGAUCUUCUUCACGCAAGCAAGAGCUAAACCCAGAUAGAGAGAGUCCCACAGAGAAAAUGACAUGAGGGUUUGAACUUUUUGAAGUCGCUCGUUGUGGAGAUAACUGGGUUCUGGAUGUUUUGCCGGUUUGGACCAUCGAUCCUUGGCUGUUCUAGCCUUCGAAGCCCUAGCAUGAUGUAAACCGACCGGAAAGGUAUGGUUUCUGGGUGACCCUUUGACUUUGCCCUGGUUAAGAAGGUUGUGUUUGUCAGAUUUACAAUAUUCUCCUGUAAGUUGCCGUGUUCCUGAGUUCCGGGGAAGGAGAAUGUCUCAUAUCAUGAAUAAAGGUCAUCGAGGUGGAUUCCGGGAGUUGUUAUGAGCGAAACUACUUGUUCUGAAGAGCUCUUCAGGCGGUGUGUUGUUGUUGCAGUGGUAACACAUCGGGUUUCUUUAAAGUGUUAAUCUCCCCGGAGUUUGUAAAUGCAAGGAGGUUCAGGUUUCAAUGCUGUUCCUCCAGCUUUCGAUAAGUCAAGGGUUUUGGAUGUCAAGCCUCUGCGGAGUCUGAGGCCUAUCUUCCCAAAUGCCAAUGAAGCUCCACCCUUUUUGUGUCCAUCUCCCAGCGGUCCCUUUCCUCCGGGUUAUUCCCCAUUUUACCCUUUUAGCAUGCCACCGCCUUCUGAGCCACCUGAAGUCAACCAACCCGAGGAACCCCCGACGUGGACUCCUCCGGCUGCUCCGGCACCGAUUCGUGCUUUUAGAACCCCUGAGAUGGCAAAUGGAGAUGUAGAUCAAUCGGGAAAAGAAGCUGGGCCUUCCAAUAGUAAAAAGCGUAGUUCUUCUCGGACACGUGGGUCUACUUCUUCCCAGAAGAAGGAAAAGGGGAGAAAGUUUCAUCUUAAUCCGGCUAUCACUGCAAAUUAUGUUGUUCCAGUCAGUCAAGCACAACGAGAAGAUGGGAGCAGGUAUGUGGUUGAUCUUGUACUAAUCACAUUUGAUGGGCUUCGUAGGAGGCUGAGCCAAUUGGAGGAUGCCAAGGAAGUUCCUAGUGGAUUAGCAAGGAGGUCGGACUUGAGGGCUGCCAAUAUUUUGAUGACCAAAGGAUUUAGGACAAACAUGAGGAAAAGAAUUGGAGUUGUCCCUGGGGUUGAAGUUGGUGACAUUUUCUUUUUUCGGAUGGAGUUGUGUAUGGUGGGUCUUCAUUCUCAGUCUAUGGGAGGAAUUGACUGGAUAGGUGGCAAAGGUUCUUUGGAUGAAGAACCCCUAGCUGUAAGCAUCGUAUCAUCUGGAUAUUACGAUGAUGAUGCAGAAGACAAGGAUAUUUUGAUCUACAGUGGCCAAGGUGGGGCCAUGACCCGAGAUAAGCCUGUUGGUGACCAGAAACUUGAAAGGGGUAAUCUUGCUUUGGAAAGAAGCAUGCGUCGAGCCAAUGAGGUCAGAGUUAUUCGAGGUAUCAGAGAUGUAGCCAAUCCGAAUGCAAAGAUCUAUGUAUAUGAUGGCCUUUAUGUUAUACAAGAAUCAUGGGUGGAGAAAGGCAAAUCUGGUGCAAAUACUUUUAAAUACAAGUUUGUGAGAGUACCAGGGCAGCCUGAAGCCUUUGCUGUUUGGAAAUCAAUUGAAAAGUGGAAGGAAAAUAUCUCAUCCCGUCCCGGACUUAUACUUCCGGACUUGACUUCUGGGGUCGAGACAAUUGCUGUUUCCCUUGUUAACGAUUUUGACGAUGAGAAAGGACCUGCUUACUUUACUUAUUGUUCCACUCCAAAGUACUCGAAAUCAUUUGCAAUAGUGCAGUCCUCUUAUGGAUGCGGCUGUCGUAAAGGAUGUGCUGCUGGUGAUCUCAACUGUGCUUGCAUCAGGAAAAAUAGUGGCGAUCUUCCAUAUACUACCAGCGGGGUUCUGGUGAGCCGAAAGCCUCUCGUGUAUGAAUGUGGCCCUUCCUGUCCAUGCGGGCCUAACUGCAAAAUUCGAGUCUCACAGAGUGGUUUGAAAGUCCGUCUGGAGGUGUUCAAGACAAAGGAUAGGGGUUGGGGCCUACGUUCAUAUGAUCCUAUUCGAGCUGGAGCUUUUAUAUGUGAAUAUGCUGGUGAAGUCAUCGACAAAGACAGACUAAAGAAGAAGCUGCAGGAAGGUGAUAAUGAUGAAUAUAUCUUUGACUCUAGCCGUAGCUACGAGCCAUUCAAGUGGAAUUAUGAACCUGGAUUGCUAGGAGAAGAGGGUACAAAUGGGGCUUCAGAGGAUCCUGAUAUUCCUUCUCCAGUAAUUAUGACUGCCAAAGACUUCGGAAAUGUGGCUCGCUUCAUGAAUCAUAGUUGCAACCCAAAUGUCUUUUGGCAACCAGUUAUUUAUGAAGAAAACAAUGAGUCUUUUGUUCACAUUGCCUUUUUUGCAGUUAGACAUAUUCCUCUGAUGACGGAGUUGACUUAUGAUUAUGGAACUCUGCCUCAAGAAGGUGAUAAUGGCUUUAACUUAAGGAAAAAGAAAUGCCUCUGUGGAACAUCAGAAUGCCGUGAUUACUUUGUGUUAUAGUUCUCUAUACUGGAAAGCGGAUGGGCAUGAUGCAGCAUUGCAUGGUCUAAGCUAUAUGUAUGUAACAGCAAUUUUGAGUCAGAACUCCCGUCGGGGACUGGUUGCUCUGCAUGGUACCUUUUGGAAGGGACAGAUGGUAUGUCGAUCAAGCAUCAUUUUGUGGCAUCUGCCGUUGAUGUAACCUCAUCACAGACUGGACUUGAAGGAAUCCUUUUUGGAAGUACCCUUUUGCUUUUAGAAUUUGUGGAUAAGGGUAUUGAUUUAGGUAUUGUAUAUGUCCUAUGGCCUUUUGUACAACUAGCUCGGUUCCCCUUGUAGCUUCCACCUCCGAAAUUUUGCGUUCGAUGAAGGCUUCCGGAGCUAGUUGACGUUUGUAAUGAAUAACAGUCUUAGUAGUUGGAUGUGGAAUGAAAUAGAUGAAGGGGGUGAAAUUUUCCGGUUCUUGCCGGGCUA